AUGCUUGAAGAAAAGGAAAUAAAUAAGGGUUAUAAUAUACAAGAAGCGAGACAGCAAUUCGCUGUUGAUUUAGCUGUAAAAGCUAUGGAUACAUACACUGUUGAAAGAGAUAUUGCACGUCAUAUUAAAAACAAAUUUGAUGAAACAUACGGUCCGAAUUGGCACUGUAUUGUCGGCAAAAACUUUGGAAGGUAUGUACAACAACAUCAUUUUAAUAACUUUCAUUAUAUUUCUGAUGCAUAUAUACAUUGAAAUAAAACUUCCAAAUGAUGAAAUAUUAAACCCUGAUCAAUUGAUUUCACACAUCACAUAGCCAUUUGUUCAUUUAGAAAGCAUGAGAUUCCAAUGAAUCAUUGUGAAUCAGUCAAACAUUGGUACUUAUAAACAAGACAAUAAUAAGAAAGACAACAAAUAAUGGGAAGUUAAGUCCAAUAGAAUUGAAAAUAUGUAAUGCAUUAUUUUCAUUCCCAUUGUUUUCUCCAAUUUCAGUUAUGUGACACAUGAAGUAAACUGUUUUAUUUACUUCUAUCUACAAAAUUACGCAGUGCUCCUAUUCAAAGCCGGUUAAUUUCCGAAUUUCCUUCGUGACAUAAUGAAUAAACCGGAAUUUUUAC